AUGCCACGCUUCUUGAACGUCUGGACGGGUGUGUUUGAAUGGCACGCAGAUCCGAGCGAGGUCCGUUACGCCAUUCUGUCUCACACUUGGCUUCUCCCUGAGCAGGGCGGCGAGCAAUCCUACGACGACGUCUGCAAGCUCCAAGCCACCAUACGCAAAGGGCGAGGAAACCCCCGGCCUUCUAUCUCCAACAUAGCGCACCUCGAAUACGACCCCUACGGCACCAUCUUCGCACAUCCCGAGCUCUCAGACAAGAUCAAGGGGAUCUGCAAGGUCGCGCGCGACGCCGGGUUUCGACUCAUAUGGAUCGACUCGUGCUGCAUCGACAAGACGAGCAGCGCUGAGCUCUCCGAGGCGAUCAACUCGAUGUUCGAGUGGUACCGGCUAUCGGACGCAUGCUACGUCUACCUCUCAGACGUUCCCGACGGCGAUGACCCCGGGGCACCGGAUUCGGCCUUCCGAAGGAGCAGGUGGCACACCCGCUGCUGGACACUGCAGGAGCUCAUCGCGCCCAGGCACGUGGAGUUUCUGACGCAG